AUGAAGCGACGACGGGAGUUCAUGAAGAAAAAGUUCGAGCUGAUGGAGGAAAUUGCUGAGGUACAAAGCUGUCCAGUGCCAGGGGCCCGAACAACAGAUCCUUUAACGAAGAUGAAAGGUUGGCUCCAGAAGCAGCGUCAAGCCGAAAAUGAAUCAGUAGCGGCGGAUGACGAUGAGCACGAUAGCGACGAUGACACGGAGGACAACAUGGACGACGACGAGGAUGAUGACGCCGGAGAUACCGAAUCAAGCUCGGAGUAUGCGGCCGACGAAGAAGGUGACAACUCGUCGGGCGAAACGGAACCGGAAAGCGACGAUAGCGAAGACGAUUCUAGCUCAGCAGACGAAUCAUACCACGAGCGAGGUGAUGAACACCAUGAGGAAAGAUUUUCUCCUAGGGAACGUUCAACUCCGGUACAUGUGAGGGCUUCUAGAACGUCAAAUCGGGAGAAGCAUUCCCGAGCUAGUGCCACGCUUUCCCGCGACCAGAUUGCCGCACGUCAGGUUGUGUCAUGUGAUCUCCCGAAGUUUGGCGGCAGCCCAGAAGAAUGGCCGAUGUUCAUAUCGACAUUCGAAAGUACGACAAGGAUGUGUGGCUACAGGGACGAGGAGAAUAUGAUCCGUCUUCGAAACUGUUUAAAAGACGAAGCGUUUGCCUCUGUGCGGAGCUUUCUGAUGCAUCCGUCGAUGGUUUCGAAAGCGAUUAGCGUCCUGAAACUUAGGUUCGGUCAACCGCACAUGAUCAUCAGCACGUUGCGCGAGAAGGUGCUAGCUACGCCACCGAUAAGAACUGAUUCGAUCAAAAAGCUAGUAGACUAUGCACUUGCCGUACAGAACUUGUGUUCGACUAUCGAUGCGUGUGGGCGGAAGGAGUAUAUGCGUGAUGCGACUCUGAUGCAAGAACUCGUUUGUAAGCUCCCCUCCGCUAUUAAACUGGAUUGGGCGAGGCACAGCAAAACACUAGCGAAGGUGACCCUAUCAACCUUCUCCGAUUGGAUUUUCACGAUUGCGGAAGAUGCAAGCAUCGUAGCAAACCCUCGAAAGUCCCACAGCUACGAGCAGGAGCCACGCAAUAAGCGACAAGGAAAGGUUUUCGUCAACACUCACGUUGAAUCUUCUCCAUCGGUAGCGGGUGGCCAGAAGGUUACUGGCAAUCGGCCGAACGUCGUUUCUAGCGGCAAAACCUCGAUGGAAGGACCGACCAUAUGCCCUACUUGCAAGGGCAGCUGUCGAACUGCAGCGAAGUGUAAGCGUUUCCUCGAUCUCUCCUAUGAAGCAAAAUGGGCAGCCGUUCGCGAGCUCAGAAUAUGCCGUCGUUGCCUACGACAGCAUGGAGGUAACUGCAACAGCAAGCCGUGUGGAGUCAACGGGUGUACAUUCAAGCAUAAUUCGCUUUUGCACAAGAGCCUCGUUGCACCAGGUGAAGUCACAGGCAGCCCGGGUAGCCCUAACCCGGCCAAGGCGAAUGAAGAACGCAGUAUCAACACACACCGCGUCGAAACUGGCCUAGAACUGUUCCGGUACAUCCCUGUAACGUUGUUUGGGCCGACGAAGCAAGUGGAGUGCUACGCUUUUCUUGAUGAUGGAUCCGAGCUGACGUUGUUGGAUGAGCAGAUCGCCAAGGAUUUGGAUUUGAUCGGUGGUGCGAAGCCGUUGUGUUUGAAGUGGACUGGAGGAACUCACCGCUUCGAGGAGAAGUCAAGAUGUGUGGACAUAAGAACUUCCAUAUCGGCGGGAAGAAGGUUUGAACUAAGCGGAGUGCGGACGGUUGAAGCGCUUGAGCUACCAUAUCAAAGCUUGAACGUCGAGGUACUUCAGGAGAAGUAUAAGCAUCUGCGCAGUAUCCCAGUGGAGUCGUAUAAUCGUGUCCAACCAAGGAUCCUAAUAGGAGUCAAGCAUGCCAAUGUUUCGUUGGUAAGACGGUGCCGAGAGGGAAAGGAAGGCGAGCCCAUCGCCGUGAAGACCCAUCUGGGGUGGACGAUCUUCGGAGCUUGUUCGAAGCAAGAAUCGAGCAACGGCGGGAGCCACAUCUAUCACAUUUGUGCGUGCAAGCUACAGAACGGUGAACAACUGCACCUGGCAGUGAAGCAGUACUUCAGUCUGGAUAGCCUGGGAAUCAUGAUGCCAGUUGCGGCCUCAGUAUCUAAAGACGACGAGAGGGCCUUGAUGUUGCUCAGCUCGCUCACGCAGGUCACCGGCAAUAGAUACCAAACCGGACUGCUCUGGCGUUCCGAUAAUAUUCGCCUUCCGGACAGCCGGCCAAUGGCCUUACAGCGGCUCAAGUGUCUAGAAAGGCGUCUAGCCAAAAAUGCCGAUCUGAAGCUUGCCUACGAUGGGAAACUAGCAGAAUACGAAACGAAAGGGUACAUUAGAAAGGUAACCCAGAAGGAGAUAGAGCAAAACAAAGGUCACUCUUGGUACCUUCCCACGUUUCCGGUUAUAAAUCCCAACAAGCCAGGAAAGAUCCGUAUUGUAUGGGAUGCAGCAGCAACCGCACAUGGAGUAAGUCUCAACUCUAUGCUGCUUACUGGUCCAGACUUGUUAAGCUCGUUGGUGGCUGUCCUGAACCAAUUUCGGGAAAACCGCAUAGGCAUUUGUGGAGACAUUCGCGAAAUGUUUCUCCAGAUCGGAAUACGUCGAAAGGACCAGUUCUACCAGCUGUUUCUAUGGAACGACAACGUGAAUCAGGAAGAACCCAGCACGUACGUUGUCCCCAAUGCUCAGAGGUUCCGUGCCGAGUUCCCCGUGGCAGUUGAAGUCAUUGAAAAAAAGCACUAUGUGGACGACAUGCUUGCCAGCACCGAAACGGAAGAUGAAGCCAUCGACCUGGCAAAGUCGGUGAAACACGUUCAUGCUCAAGGCGGCUUUGAUAUAAGGAACUGGGUUUCUAAUUCCGCCAAAGUUUUGAAUGCGCUGAACGAAAGCCCGACGAGUGAGAAGUCCCUAAACCUUGCAGCCGACAUUGCGACGGAGAAAGUCUUGGGGAUGUGGUGGAACACCUCAACCGACUGCUUCACCUUUAAGAUCUGCUGGACCAGGUUUGACGCAGUAUUGUUUGACGGAAGCAGAGCGCCUACCAAACGUGAACUUCUUCGGAUCCUGAUGAGUAUCUUUGAUCCGUUGGGACUCAUUUCGCAAUUCCUAAUGAUCCUCAAGGUUACACUCCAAGAAGUAUGGCGUAAGGGACUGAAAUGGGACGACCAGAUAGAAGGCAAGCAGCUCGACGAUUGGCAGACGUGGACAAAAUUGCUACCGAAGCUGGAGGAACUCCAAAUACCUCGAUGUUACCGCCAGAUGACAACAACUGGAGCCCAGAUUCAAAUGCACACAUUCGUGGACGCUGGAGAUAAAGGGAUGGCUGCAGUCGUGUAUCUACGGUUCGAAGAAAAUGGAAUCAUCGAAUGUGCUUUAGUCGGGGCGAAAACACGGGUUGCACCAUUGAAGUACCUGUCAACGCCGCGUUUGGAACUCCAGGCUGCUGUCAUCAGAGCGAGAUUAUCCAACAGCACUAUGAAGUCAUUGUCUCUUUCAGUGUCGCAGCGCUUCUUCUGGUGCGACUCACGUAACGUACUGUGCUGGUUACGUUCCGAUCACCGUCGUUACAGCCAGUAUGUUGCGGCGAGAACGAGUGAAAUUCUAGACACUACGGAAGUUAACGAAUGGAACUGGAUCAAAUCGGAGUGGAACGUAGCAGAUGAUGGCACCAAAUGGACCGGGCAGGUGCAGAUGAAGUCCGACGAUCGCUGGUUUCUAGGGCCGGCAUUUUUGCAGAAAGCGGAGCGAGAUUGGCCAGUUAUCCCGUACAACCAAGAAACUACGACCGAAGAGCUUCGUACCAGUGUUCUGGUGCACAGGAAAAUUCGGGAUCCAGUGGUUGUGGCUAGUGACUACUCUAGCUGGAAUCGUCUGCUAAAAGUUACGGCAUAUGUACAGCGAUUCGUGUACAAUCUACAAGCGAAACGACAGGGAUUAGUUUCACAUCAAGGACCAUUGUCUAGUGAAGAAUUGCGACAGGCUCAGCUGUACCAUUUUCGGCAGGCGCAACAAGAGGUGUAUCACGAAGAGAUGUUGGUGCUGAAGGAGGGGUCGAAAAAUGGAGAGAACGUGCGGAAGCAAUUGCAACAAUACAGUCGCAGCCAGAUCUACAAGAUGAGCCCAUGCGUGGACGAAGACGGAGUUUUGCGAAUGAACAGCCGAGCUGCGAAGUGCCCUUUCCUGUUUCCGGACGAAAAAUUCCCGAUAAUACUUCCGGACAACCAUCCGGUCACCAAAAUUCUCCUAGUGGAUUUCCAUGAGAGCACCAGCUUAUGCAUGAUGGCGUUGAACAAUUUCAUCGCUCGUCGAGGCACACCAGUGUGCUUUUACUCCGAUAGAGGGACGAAUUUCGUCGGCGCGUCCAAAGAGCUACGCGACGCUCUGAAGGCGAUUGAUAAGCACGAAAGGGCGAAGGAGUGCACAACACCAGCUACAUCUUGGCAGUUUAACCCACCGUCCAGCCCCCACAUGGGCGGUAGCUGGGAGAGGUUGAUCCAAUCGGUGAAGCGGAAUUUGACGGAAGUGCUAAAGUGUAGGCGACCAACGGACGAGGAACUACGCAGUGCGUUGACACAGAUCGAAUCUGUUCUCAACAGUCGCCCACUUACUGAUGUUCCCGUGGACAAUGAUCAUAGGAUUAAGGUCAAGAAGCACAUCCCACCCAGCGUCACCAGGAAGGCCGAAGCAGAGUACAUCGCAGACACCAUCAAACGCCACUACGCCAAGUUGGACAAACUGACACUUAAGUGCUAUUCCCUGCAUUUAAAGUUGGCCAACGAAUAUCCGGAAGGUUUCCCAUUGUUCCUCAUCAAGGUAAAGCGAGCAGAGGAAUGGUGA